AUGGCGGUUCGAUCCCGACGCCUACCGCAGAACUAUUUGCUCAGCCCGUUCAAGCUUUUCGCGGCUCGGAACCCCUCGGAAGAUACCAAGAAUAAUUUAUCCUUGAGCGAGCUGCAAUGUCGAGCAACGUUCCCAGGCUUAAUGCAAGAGAUUGACCAAAGCGUUGCGAGGGGACCUUUUGAUUUGAAGAAGUUGGCGGAUGAUUACCAGGGGAUUGUAGAGGGGAGGAUUAAGGAUGGGAAGCUUUAUGUCAUUUCUGCUGAAUGGCGUCCGUCACGCAUGAUGCUAUAUGAACGUAAUGCUGUCCUUCACCAACUCCACCGCGCCCUCAUAACGUCCCCCACUCCCCUUCCUGACACAGUCUUUUCCUUCUCAGUAAUAGACAACCCCCGUCAAAACACCUGGUCCUUCUCCCGCUCCAAUGACCCCAACAUAAAAGGCAACUACUGGGUAAUGCCACACUUCAGUUUCUGGUCUUGGCCGAAACCCUUCAUUGGUACCAUGGACCAGGCGCUUUCAAAGAUUGACGACGUCGAGAAAAGCAUCUUUUGGGUGGAGAAGAUUAAUAAAGUCGUCUGGAGAGGAACGGCGUGGUUUAAUUCUGUGGGGAACUUAAAUUUAAGACCGAUGUUGUUGCAGGUUACCAAGGGGAAGGAGUGGGCAGAUGUGCAGGAUAUGAAGUGGAAGACUAAUGGGGUCAUGGCUGAGAAUUCGAUUGAGGUCGAAGAUUUCUGUCGGUAUAAAUACAUUAUUUACACGGAAGGCGUAACCUACUCCGGUCGCCUCCCUUUCCACCAAUCCUGCGCCUCCGUGAUCAUCACCCCACCACUAACCUACCUCCUACACACAACCCACCUCCUAAAACCUCUCUUCUCCUCCUCCCUCUCUAUCUCCACCUCCCCUCCUACUCCCAAAGAUCAGCAGCGCUGGCCAAACUCCUACUCUCCUUCUGAAGCAAAUAUCGUAUUUGUCAAGCACGACUGGUCCGACCUGGAACAAACAAUCGACUGGUUACGGCAAAACGAUCAUAUCGCGAAGGGAAUUGCAGAUCGGCAGAGGGAGCUUAUAGCUAAGAAGGGCUACUUGAGCGAGGGGGCGGAGGUUUGUUAUUGGAGGGAGUUGAUUAGAGGCUGGGCCGGGGUUGUGCAAGAGAAAAAUGGGACGAAGGGGGAUAAGGAUGUGUGGGGGGAGGGUAUUAGGUGGGAAACCUUCAGUUUAAUAGGGGAGACGAACUGGGUGAGGGCUCAAUGA